CGACACGCAAGUCCAAGGCGUGUCCGGCGUGCAGAAAACAAAAGAUAAAAUGCAUCAUGCCAUCAGAAGCAGAAGGUGGGGGGCCACCUUGCAAGCGGUGCAAGGAGCGGGGACUUUUGUGCUCGCCGAAUAAGACGCUGCAGGCGAUUGUGCAGGAGCAGGCGAGGUGGAAUGCGAGGAACUUGAAGCUGAUCAGGAAGUUGCUGAGUGUUGUGAAUGAGGCGAGAGUGGCUUCUUCGCUUGAGCCCGUGACGGUCGAGGCUUUGGGUGAAGAUGGCGCGCUGCUGCGAGGUGCGAACCCCGUGUCGUCGACGACCUCUGUAUCAACGCCAGGUGUCGUCUCAGCAAAAAGCCAUGUCACCCCUGCGCAGAAGGCUGAAGAGCUGGAAGAGGACAUCGACGUUACGAUCCCGACUCCAGAGUCUGUAGCGUCGGCACCGAUUCAGUCGCUUUACGAGGUCACGCGCACCCCUAGAGUUGCAACUUCAGCGUUGGACGAGAGCUUGGCGGUCGAGAUCUCGCAAGCGGGCAUUUUGGAGAAAAACGACUUUAUCGCUCGUGGAGUGGUUACUCUUGCCGAGGCUGAGCGGUUUGGAUAUCUCUAUCUCAGGCGGCUGGACCACUACUUCUUUGGACUUUUGGCAAAGAAACAUACUACGUUUGCUAGUCUUCGAAAAAGCUCGACAAUGUUGACGCUCUGCGCGGUGACUGUUGGAGCUUUGCAUGAUGCCUCGGGAAGCGAAGCUUACGAGAGAUUAAUACGUGAGCUGAAAGGGUUGACGGCGUCGCUCAUGUUUAGACCGCGUCUCGGGCCGGAGGAUAUUCGAGGUAUUUGUGUGGGUGCAUACUGGCUUUCUGAUCUGGGAUGGAUGCUGUCGGGUCUGGCGAUCAGAAAAGCCAUUUCGUUGAAUUAUCACCGCGAUCAUCUUAGCUUAUGCCAUGAAGAAGACACGCAGGAGGCGUUUAUUCAUUCCCAGCUGUGGCUUUUUACGUUUCUGUGUAAUGAACAAAUCUCGGUACUCCAGGGCGUGCCGCCAUCGGGUGUCUCUAGAGACUUUGUGCAAUGGCAGCAGCAUAUGAAUUCAAAGUAUGCCACGGACGCCGACCGACGAUGCGUCUCGCAUAUCGAUCUGCUGUUUAUCCUGACGCGUGCCCGAGAGCUAUAUGGACUCGACACCACGCGCCCGAUCCCUGAAAUGCUCGUGCGGCAGCUGCGCGAGUUUAAUACACAGGUCGACCGAUGGGCCGCCAGGUGGGCGGGGAAACUGGCGGUGAAUAGCGUGCUGGGCAAUUUCCCCAGCGAGGCCGUCCGUGUGCAUUAUCAUUUCGCAAAGUUUUACAUCUGCUCGCAUGCUUUUCGGGGUCUGCGGACGACUAAUUACUCGGACGGCGAUAGCCCUGACUCGCAGGUCUCUUCGUCAUCUCUUCCGGGCGGGAGUCUGCUAACGCCGGAUCUACACGAGCUUGCCGUGACCGCGAUCUCGACCGCGUUUGGUAUUCUCGAGGCACUGCUAGAGUCAACAGAGCUGAAAGCAGGACUCGUCGGAGUCCCGCAUUAUUUCCACACGAUGUAUGCUUUCGCUGCUGUCUUUCUUCUCAAAGUCUGCACUCGGUAUCGUCAGCACAUCAAGGUAGACCGCCACAAAGUCUUCAGCAUCACCGAAAAACUCAUCGCGCUCUUCUCAUCCUGCGCCUGCGCACGCCAGCAUCUCGUCCUGCGCAUCGCGCGCGGCUUGAAGGAAAUGCUGUCCCGGUGCCAAAAGAUAGAGCCGAUGACGAGCGGGAUAAACACGCCGGCCGCGGGAGUCGAUCAGGGAUUAAACAUGGGGAACCUGAUUGCGCUCUCGAACGCGGUCGGGGAGAUUCCGCUUGAUUUGGAGAAUUUUGAUUUUUUGACGGCGGUGCCGCCUAGUUGGCCUUCGGAUUUUAAUAAUAUGUAAUUAUGUUUUGGUUUCAUUAACUGUUUGGUUUUUGUUUAUAUAAAAGUUUAGUUUGUGCUGUGUUUGGUUUGGUUUUGGGAGAGUAUGAUUGUGUUUUGAUGGUUGGAAAACGGUGGGAUGGCUUUUUAUAUGUGCUGGAGGAUACACUUCUAUGACGGCUAGUAUAAAAUCUAGAA